AGCCUCGCAACCAGUUCUGGUGCAAGCUGCCACUCAAUGCACUUGAGACUGCUACACAGCAGCUGUAUACGACCGUUGAAGAAACAACAAUUUAGGCGUAAUUUCCAUAACCUCAAACCUAAACGUUCUCCACCCGCAAUAGCACCGAUUGUUUCGGACUCGACCAUAGUGCAAUGGAACACAACCAUCACCAACUACAUGCGCAGUGGCCAGUGCGAUUCAGCUCUACGUAUGUUCGAAAAGAUGUCCCAACGGACUUCUGUUUCGUGGAACGCGAUGAUAUCUGGGUACUUGAUGAACAACAGGUUCGAUCUUGCUCGCCAGAUGUUCGAAAAAAUGCCCGAAAGAGAUUUAGUUUCCUGGAAUGUGAUGAUUACCGGGUGUGUUCGAAAUGGGAAUCUGGGUAUGGCGAGGAAAUUGUUUGAUCAAAUGCCAGAGAGAGAUGCAGUUUCUUGGAAUGCUAUGUUGUCUGGUUAUGCUCAAAACGGAUAUGUUGAAGAAGCAAGGAUAAUUUUUGAUAGGAUGCCAAACAAGAAUUCUAUCUCGUGGAAUGGUAUACUUGCAGCAUACGUGCAAAAUGGGAGGAUAGACGAUGCACGUAAAUUGUUUGAAUCGAAUUCAGCUUGGGAUGUGAUUUCUUGGAACUGUUUGAUGGGUGGGUAUGUAAGGAAGAAGAAAUUAGUUGAUGCAAGGUGGCUGUUCGAUAGAAUACCAGUACGUGAUGAAGUCUCUUGGAACACAAUGAUUUCUGGUUAUGCCCAGAACGGGCAAUUGCCCGAAGCACAGAAGUUAUUUGAUGAGUCUCCAGUUAGAGAUGUGUAUACAUGGACAGCUAUGGUAUCUGGUUAUGUGCAGAACGGGAUGCUGGAUGAAGCUAGAAGAGUUUUUGAUGAAAUGCCUGUAAAGAAUCCUGUUUCGUGGAAUGCCAUAAUUGCAGGUUAUAUGCAGUGUAAGAAUAUUGAUGUGGCAAAGGAGUUGUUUGAUGCAAUGCCUUGUAAAAAUGUGAGUUCUUGGAAUACCAUGAUUACUGGGUUUGCACAGAGUAGUCUCAUUGAUCUUGCUAGGGAUUUAUUCGAUAAGAUGCCCAGGCGUGAUUGCAUCUCAUGGGGUGCAAUUAUUGCAGGAUAUGCUCAUCUGGGCCAUAAUGAAGAAGCUUUGCGUUUGUUUGUAGAGAUGAAGAGGGAUGGAGAGAAGGCAAAUAGGUCCAUUUUUUCCUGUAUUUUGAGCACAUGUGCUGAGAUCACUUCAUUAGAAUUGGGUAACCAAUUGCAUGCACAGCUCUUUAAGGUAGGGCUUGGAUCUGGGUGGUAUGUGGGCAAUGCAUUAUUGGCAAUGUAUUGCAAGUGCGGAAACAUAGAUCAAGCUUACAUUAUAUUUGAAGAAAUUGCUGAUAAGGACAUAGUCUCAUGGAACACAAUAAUUGCUGGAUAUGCAAGACAUGGCUUUGGCAAAGAGGCCCUAAGAAUUUUUGAGUCAAUGAAGAGAAGUGGAGUCAAACCAGAUGAAGUUACCAUGGUAGGUGUGCUGUCUGCAUGUAGUCAUAGUGGGUUGGUGGAUACAGGCACAGAGUACUUUUACACGAUGGAUCGUGAUUAUGGAAUAACCGCAAAUUCUAAGCACUAUACAUGCAUGAUUGAUCUCCUUGGUCGAGCAGGGCGCCUAGAUGAUGCCCAGAAUCUGAUGAAGAAUAUGCCCUUUGAACCAGAUGCUGCUACAUGGGGUGCCCUACUUGGUGCCAGCAGAAUUUAUGGCAAUACAGAAUUAGGGGAAAAAGCUGCAGAGAUGGUUUUCCAGAUGGAGCCUAACAAUGCCGGAAUGUAUAUCCUGCUAUCAAAUUUGUAUGCAGCUUCAGGUAGAUGGGCUGAUGUUGGUACAAUGAGAUUAAAAAUGAGAGAUUCAGGGGUAAAGAAAGUCCCAGGUUAUAGUUGGCUUCAUGUUCAGAACAAAAUCCACACCUUCUCAGUUGGGGAUUCCACCCAUCCAGAGACGGCCAGGAUAUAUGCUUAUCUUGAAGAAAUGGAUUUUAGAUUGAAGAAAGAGGGUUACAUUUCUUCACCCAAAUUAGUAUUGCAUGAUGUGGAAGAGGAAGAAAAGGAGCAUAUGCUCAAGUAUCAUAGUGAAAAGUUGGCCGUGGCAUUUGGGAUCCUUAAUACACAAGCUGGUCGACCAAUUCGCGUAUUUAAGAACUUGAGGGUGUGUACCAACUGUCACAAUGUGAUCAAACACAUGUCGAAGAUUGUGGGUAGGUUGAUAAUUGUGAGAGACUCUCACCGUUUUCACCAUUUUAGGGACGGUGUCUGUUCUUGUGGGGAUUAUUGGUGAUGAGUAUUCAUCGAGAAGCGUGCUGCGUACUGACCUCAACUCAAGUGGAAUACUGUACAAAGUGUGCCGUGAAGCUUUACUCGAGAUUUAAUUUCAGUUGUUUUAUUUCGUUAGCGGAAUAUUGAACAGUAUACAUUCUCAGUGAAAUUAACAACUCUUGGAUGACGUCAUUUACAAUAGUAUCUUCAUAUAUUCUUUAUCUCAUUGUAUUUUAUCUAUAAAAAGUGGGAAGCUCUAAUCACCUCAUUAAGGGUGAUUGAC